AUCAGAUUCGGUCAAAUCAUUUUAAACUCUUCUUUCAGUCGUUCUGGGUCAUAGUGGUUCAUAAGGUUCUGUGGAAUUAUUAUAGUGUUGAUAGUUGUGAAAUAAAAAAUAAUAAUAGCAAUGAAAUAUAUAAUCGCAAUUUUUGUUGCAAUCAGCAUUGUAAGUUUCACAUUUGCUGAAGAGAAUCACACAGACGAUGCAAAAACUAAAGCAGAAGAAUACAUUACAGCUUGCAAAACAGAAACUGGAAUUUCUGAUGAGAAUGCAAAUAAAAUUAAAGCCGGUGACUUUAGUGUGAGAGAUGAGAAGGCACAGUGCUUCACACAUUGCUUCUUCAAAAAAGCCAGUUUCGUGAACGACAAAAAUGAAAUCCAGCCUGAUAUUAUGAUAACUAAAUUAUCGCACAAACCUAAUGAAAAGAAUGAAGCUCUUGAAACAUUGAUCACAAGAUGUGCCAAGGAGAAAGGCGAAAGUGAUUGCGAGACAUCAUUUAAAAUUUAUGAAUGUUAUCGAGGAGGUGCUUCAUAUGAAUCUAUCCGAGAAAGACAGAAAAAGCGACUUGAGAUUAGUCGAGCUAUGAGAACGUGCAUCUUUGAGAACAGAGUGACUUACACAUUAGCAGUUCAAUAUGGAAAAGGAGACUUCAAGGAUGAAAGUGAUAAAGGAAAAUGUUUCUUGAAAUGUUUUGCGGUUAAAAUGAAGCUUUUUGAUUCUGAGACUGGUAAUCCACAGAAGGGGGAAUUGUUAAACUAUUCUUCAUACUUGUCAGCUGAAGACCUGCCUUUCAAUGAAAUCAUCGAUAAAUGUGACAAAGACACAGAACGAAGUGAGAAUCAAUGUGACUUUGUUUUCAGAAUGUACAAAUGUCUCUGGAAUGGAAUCAAAAAUUCCCCUGAACCAGAAAGUUUAAGAAAUUCAUUCAAUGAUGUUUUUGGGUUCAAUCAAUUGUUUGAUGAUGGUGAGAUAAAGGCAGAACUGGAAGCAGAAGCUGUUAUGGAUGAGACUGAAGUUAAGGAGGUUAAAGAAGCUAAUGCUAAAAAGUAGAACUGUCAAUUGCAUUUUUUAAAACAUCUUAAAAUUAAAUUAAUUUUUGAAACAUUUUUAAUAUUGAAUUAAAAUUUUUUCUUUAAUUUCUUAGCCAAGUUAACACCUUUCAGGUAGCCGAACAAUAUUAAAUUAAAAUUUCAGCAAUAUUAACAAAAUUUAUUGCUCUUUCAUAAAAUUCUUAGUUUAUUUUAUAAGAAAAACAUCUGAAAAACCGCAUUGCGAUUAAAAACUGCA